AUGGGUCUCAUCUUUGCUUCUAUUGAUCCCUAUUUAUGGGCAGCCAUUGGUACCGGAUGUGUGAUUGGACUCUCAGUGAUGGGUGCUGGUUGGGGUAUUAUGGUUUCCGGUUCAAGUAUUAUGGGUGGAUGUGUUCGUGCUCCAAGAAUUAAAACCAAAAACCUCAUCAGCGUUAUUUUCUGUGAGGCCGUUGCUAUUUACGGAAUUAUUAUGGCCAUUGUUAUUAGUACUCAAACCAGUUGGUUCCAAGAUGCAAAGGAUCCAACCAAGGCUACUCCAUACAUGUUGGUCGUGAGUGGAUGUUAUACAUUGUUUGCCGCUGGUAUCACUGUUGGUUUGGGUAAUUUGGCUUGUGGAGCAUGUGUUGGUAUUGUCGGUAGUAGUUGUGCCAUUGCAGAUGCUGCUGAACCAUCACUCUUUGUCAAGAUUUUGGUUGUUGAAAUUUUCGCAAGUGCUCUCGGUAUCUUUGCCAUCAUUGUGGGUAUUGUGGUUGCUUCUAGUGCCAAGUUGAAACCAUAG